AAUUCAAAAACCCUAAUUUUAAAAAGUUACGAUUUUGAGAGUAGAGAGUGUGACGCUGAUGAUUAGAUAGCCGGAGAAGAUGAUGAUUAGCGAGCCGGAGCGGAAGACGAUUAGCGAGCGGAGAAGAUGAUUCCCGAGCCGGAGACUUCGAUUCCCGAGUCGGAGAGAGAUGAUUCCCGAGCGCCGGAGACGACGAUUCCCGAGUCGGAGAAGAUGAUUCCCGAGCCGGAGACGACGAUUCCCGAGUCGGAGACGACAGUGCCGGUGAGGGUUUGAAGAUUCCCGAGAGGAGACCGACAGAUUCGCGAUCGAAUGAAAUGAAAUGUUUUUUUUUUUCUAUUCUUAUAACAAAGGGUAUAAAGGUAAAUUACCCCUUUAAUGAAACCUAUUUUUGUGACUUCUAAUCCUGAGUGCUAGUUUGGGAAGGAAAACUUCAAAAGGUGCUAUUAUUGACAAUUGCCCUUUAAAAAAUACCUUUGAAUUUUUUUUUCAAAGAAUUACUUUUGCAGUUGACUAAUGUUUUGAGUCAGUUUUGCAACUUUCCUGCAACUUUCCUAAAUUUAAAGCGUUUACAAAAUACUCCAAAACAUCUAACAGACUCGACUUGACUUAAUAUUCUUGACUCAAUUACGUUCAAUUAAAAUUCUAGACACGCAAGUUUUUGACGAAAUCAACGUUCCCCAGCGUUAGAAGUUUAUCUGAUUUAAAUAUAGCUUCCCUGAUACUGCAAAACAAAUUUAUGAGCAAAACUAAUCUCCUAAAAUGUAUACGAAAAAAUUCUUGCUAAUUGUCUGUCUUGUCCUCUCCUUUAGCUUCGGCUUUGUCUCUGCACAAAUAUGUGGAGAGUCACUGUUUUUCAGACCAACCAGUACUUACGCCAUAAACCGUCUCCUCGUUCUCUCAACUCUUGCGUCCAACGUCAGUUCCCGAGAAGGAUACUACAACGCCUCCGUUGGUGAAGGCCCCGGGAGGAUCUAUGCAUUAGGCCUCUGUCUCCCAGGGACUGAUCCAACGGUCUGUUCCGAUUGUAUUCAACUAGCGUCGGUUAGUUUAUUACAGAACUGUCCGAACCAGACCAACUCAUGGUUCUGGAGAUCCGAAGACGAUACGAAUACGAUUUGUUUUGUUCGGUACUCAAACCGCUCGUUUUUUAACCAGAUCGAUCUACGGCCAAGAGAAGAGUUUAUUUAUGAUUUAGAUUUCAUUGGAGAUGUUGCAAAGUAUAAGAGAACAUGGGGAGGUUUCAUGGAACGUAUGAUAUCAGCAGCUUCGUCCUCAAGUCCCGGGUCGCUUGCAGGCCGACAUUAUGCAGCGAAUACAACUUCUUUGUCCGGUUCCCGGACCAUAUACGCACUGAUGCAGUGUAUCCCGGGGAUUUCUUCAGCGGACUGUAAUGCUUGUCUUCAAGAAAAUGUUCGUUACUACCAAAGCUGUUGCGGUGGGAAGCAAGGAGGUAGCGUUAGGAGACCAGUUUGCUUUUUCCGGUUCGAUCUCUAUUGGUUUCGCAAUGCUUUCCAUAACAUAGCAUCGUCCCCUCCUCCUCAAAGCUCUCAAGAUGGUCAAGAAUUACAACCCACAACACCACCUCCUCCUCCUCCAGAUGGCAAAACGAUAUCUACAGGAGUCAGAAUGGCGCUUAUUGUAUCCACAGGAAUAUUUAUCGCGCUGUUAGCUUUAGGAUUGUUUGUUUUCAAGAGAAGACAAUCAUACAAUACGCUAAAUCUUGAAAAUGAUGAUGAUAUUAUAAGCUUAGAGUCAUUACAAAUUGAUGUCAAGACAAUUGAAGCCGCAACUGAUCAAUUUUCGGAGACCAAAAAAAUCGGCCAAGGUGGAUUUGGUGUUGUUUACAAGGGAACAUUACCAGAUGGAACUAAAGUUGCGGUGAAGAGACUAUCAAAGAAUUCAGGACAAGGCACACAAGAGUUCAAGAAUGAAGUUGUAGUUGUGGCGAAGCUUCAACAUAGGAAUCUUGUUAGGCUUCUUGGAUUUUGCGUGGAAGGAGAUGAACAAAUACUUGUCUAUGAAUUUGUUCCGAACAAGAGUCUUGAUUACUUACUAUCCGGUUUGUUUCUAAUCCUUAAUUCUCUUGACCCAAUAAAGCGACAGCAAUUAGAUUGGACAAAACGGUACAAUAUCAUUGGAGGUAUUGCUCGAGGGAUUCUAUACCUUCAUCAAGAUUCACGGCUCACAAUCAUACACCGUGAUAUCAAAGCGAGCAACAUUCUUCUAGAUGAUGACAUGAAUCCAAAAGUAGCAGAUUUUGGCAUGGCAAGGAUUUUUGGGAUGGACCAAACUCAAGCUAAUACUAGAAAGAUAGCUGGCACCUUCGGUUACAUGUCUCCUGAGUACGUCCUGCACGGUCGAAUCUCCAUGAAAUCUGAUGUCUACAGCUUUGGUGUCCUGGUUCUUGAGAUCAUAAGUGGAAAAAUGAAUAGUAGGUUCAACGAAAAAGAUGAUUCAGCUGUCAAUUUAGUCACACAUGCUUGGAGACUAUGGAGAAAAGGUUCGGCUUUAGAACUUUUGGACCCAGCUUUUGGGCAGAGAUAUCAGAGCGAAGAAGUUAGAAGAUGCAUUCAUAUUGCGCUUUUAUGUGUUCAAAAAGAUCCCGGAGAUCGUCCUAUGAUGUCUAAAAUCAUUUUGCUACUCAGUAGUAGCAAAAUCACAUUACAGCGGCCUCGUGCACCUGGAUUUUACUUCCAAAGUAGUCUGGACCAAGAUUUGGAAGCUGAGGGCUUGGAUUCAUUUGGAAAACAAAUUCAUUGUUCUGUUAAUGACGCAUCCAUCACAGAGCUAGAUCCUCGUUGAAGAUGAUAUUAUUAUAUAGUUUCUUAUUAACUAAUGGAUAUGAUAUUACUUUCCUCAUUUUAUUUAUAUUUCUUUAGUUGUCUUUUUUGGUUAUGAUAUUAUUAUAUAGUUUCCUCAUUGUGUGUUCUAAACUUCUAAUGUUUAUCUAUUAAUGUAACCAGAGCGAUUUGGUUUGUAUGUAA